AUAAAAGCUCCAAUGGAACGUUUGGAUGAUCAAGGCCACCAAGGUGGAAAAAGCUCAUUUCCGCUGUGUAAGGUUGCUCAAGCUUCUAACAAGAGGUUGUCUCGAGGCGAGAGUGAUAGCAGUUAUGAAGAUCGUUGUUGGAGGAAAGUGAGGUCACGUUCAGAAAAAUUGGAAGAUACCAAUUUAGUAGUGGUUGAGAUUCCUGACAACGUUGGUAGUCCUUCGAGGACCGUGAUAGCUCUUAUUAGAGAGCCCAAUAGUGUUGGAGCAUUACAACGGGGAAAGUCAACGGAGAGUGGUGAGUCUAUUUCUAGGCCUAACCUAAUAAAAUCCUCUUCUACAGCUAAGGCAGAACUGGGGAAAACUUCUAUUUUUAGUGAUAAAGUGAAAGAAAAGUUGAGUUCCAACUUGCAUAAACGUACAACAACUGCAGUGUCCAUAUUUGACUGAAAGAAGGUUGUCCUAAACUACAGAAUGAUGUUUAUUUCUAAUCCUUGGGCAGUGAUUCGAGAUAAGCUUUCCGGAAGUGAUGUAGACAGCGCUUCCUCUCUUGAAGAAGAAAUCCAAGUGAUUCUCAAGGAUAUGGAUGGAAAGGAUGUGGAUGUUUCCCCUUUGAUGAAUUUAUUGAAGUCAUUUUUUGAGCUUGCAGCUUCGUAUGACCAGGCAUGGUCAAACUUAUAUGAUAAGGACGUAGAAGCUACCAAAAAAGAACUAUUUAUAGCAGCUGGAGAGCAUCUUUCAAAUGCCAUGUUUGAAGAA